AUGGGAAACUGCGAUAGUCGAGAACUUGCGGAACAAACAAAACAGAGUAAGAAGAUUAAUACAGAACUGGCAAUUGCUAAAAAAGACGAUGAGAAUGUCAUAAAACUGCUUUUGUUGGGAGCCGGAGAAAGUGGCAAAAGUACAGUACUCAAACAGAUGAGGAUCAUUCACAACAGUGGUUUCUCACAAGAAGAAUCAAUGACUAAACGAAAUGUUGUUUGUGCCAAUACAAUUCAAGCAAUGGGCGCUUUGAUUGAAGGAAUGAGACAACUUCGAAUAGAUUUUGUCAAUAGAAUUUGUAAUGCCCAUGAAAAGUUAAUUCGGGAAACAUUGAGUGAGAACACGGAAUACAAUCCGUUCAAUGAUGCAAUGUACACAGCACUUUCGGAUUUGUGGGCAGAUAAAGGAAUCCAAAGUGCCUAUGGCAAAAGAGAGCUUUUCUAUCUUGCCGACUCUGCUAAAUAUUUCUUCGAUUCACUUGCACGUAUCAACGAGCCGAAUUACAUCCCAACUGAAAACGAUAUUCUGCACACUCGUGUUCCGACAAUGGGUGUAAUCGAAGUAAAGUUCCAAAUGAAAGGAAAAGUAUUCCGAGUAUUCGAUGUGGGCGGUCAGCGUUCACAGCGGAAGAAAUGGAUUCAUUGUUUCGACGACGCGAAAGCCUUGAUUUAUGUAGCAUCUUUGUCAGAAUACGAUCAAGUUUUAUUGGAAGACAAUACCACGAACCGAAUGCAAGAAUCUCUCCAAUUGUUCAAACAAGUUGUCAACAACAAGUACUUCGUCAACACUUCAGUUAUCCUGUUCCUGAACAAAGUUGAUCUCUUCGAAGAGAAAAUUAUCAUCAAGAAAAGGAGUCUCACCAUUGCAUUCGAUGCCUACACAGGACCACAAGAAGACGUGGAAGCAGCGAUUACAUUCAUUGAUUCCAAGUAUAGAGCAAUGGCAGAUAACAAAGAUAAGAAUAUUUAUGUUCACAAAACAUGCGCAACGGACACGCACCAAGUACAAUAUGUACUCGAUGCCGUUUUGGAUACGAUACUGUCGUCUAAACUCAAGGGAUGUGGAUUAUUUUGA